UCCCGGCCAAUAGCGAAGGCGGUUGGUCCCGACGUCGGCGCGCGGCGAGAUGAGCCAAUCGGAAGGCGCGACGCUGAGCGUCUGGCUGCCGGGCGACAGUUGAGUUCGCGCCGUUGUUUUUGUUUUAUACACACACCCCCAACGGGCGGCCUGAGGGACCGGCGCCUCUUCCUGGGGAUGGCCUCCAGCUAUAAGAAGGCGUCCCUGGGAGCAGCAGCUCAGAGGAAGAAAACAGCUUCCAAAACCGAGCUCACCGAAGAGCAGAAGCAAGAGAUUCGGGAGGCCUUUGAUCUCUUUGACACCGAUGGGACUGGCAAUAUUGAUGUAAAAGAGUUGAAGGUCGCCAUGAGGGCCCUUGGGUUUGAGCCCAAGAAAGACGAGGUCAAGAAAAUGAUUUUUGAGAUUGAUAAGGAAGGAACAGGAAAGAUUACCUUCAGUGACUUCCUAGGAGUGAUGACCCAGAAAAUGGCUGAAAAAGAUUCAAAAGAAGAAAUUCUGAAAGCUUUUAAGCUCUUCGAUGAUGAUGAAACAGGCAAAAUCUCUUUCAAAAACCUUAAACGUGUGGCCAAAGAACUGGGCGAGAAUCUCACCGAUGAGGAGCUUCAGGAGAUGAUUGAUGAAGCCGAUCGGGACGGAGAUGGGGAAGUCAAUGAACAGGAGUUUCUGCGGAUCAUGAAGAAAACUAGUUUGUACUGAGAUGCUUGGUCCACACCGUGACUUCCAUUUGUUGCCUCCUGUUGGCUGAGUUCAGUCUCAACAGAUUCCUCUGGGAAAGAGAUGAACAACAGCCCAAAUCUCAUAAACAUUGUGAGCUACUUACAGUUCUCUUUCAGCAACAUCAGCUGACUCCCAGUCCAUCUUUCAGUGUUGCAUACUACAGCAGGAAAUGUGAGGCCUGGGGGCUUAAAUUACAGUUUGAAGAAAGUGGUGUUAUUUCUACAUAGGGUGCAUGUGAGAAUGGGAUUUCGAAUUUACAUACCGAGAAAACACCUUUCUCUUUUAAAAUAUUGUUGUAAACUCUUUAUUAUUUGAGUUUUUUAGUCAAGGAAAAAACAAUUCCAGAAAGUUAAUGGUUUUGCUUCAACUCUUGCAUUUGAUUCAUUGCUCUUUGUUCUUGUCUUCUAUGAAAGUGGCCUAAUUCUGGUUAUAAAUAUUCAGAUAUAGUGCCUGCCUUACCUAAACAUUGAUAUAAAGAUAUUGUGCACUUAAUACCUCUUUAUUCCCUCUCCCCAUAAAAAAGCAUUGAAUGUAAAUGGAUAUAACUUUAAUACCAGAUUUGAUAAGAAUGAACUUGUAAUAGCCCCCCCCCCCCCAAAUAUGGCUUGUGUUGCUGGUUGUGAAAAGUAAAGCUGAAAUCAAAACUUUA